AUGAGGGCUGUUGUCUACAAAGAAGUAGGCCACGUCAUCGUAGAAGACGUCCCAGUCCCUGAAAUUCAAACGCCAACAGACGCCAUUGUCAAGGUUACUCGCUCAGGUCUUUGUGGAUCGGACUUGCACUUUUUCAAGGGUUACGGUCCUAUACGAAGGGCUGGCUUCAUCGCCGGCCAUGAAGUCGUUGGCUUUGUCUCCGAGAUAGGGUCAGACGUGAAAAACUUCAAGGUUGGCGAUCAUGUUGUGCUGCCCUUCUCCUCCUGUUGUGGUAACUGCCAUUACUGCUCUAUUGGGCAGUCGUGGUCUUGCGUCCAGUGCGAGUUCUUCGGUGAAGGAUUUGAUGGGUGCAUCAACGGAGGUCAAGCUGAAUACAUUCGGGUUCCGCUGGCGCCUACCACUCUGUUCCAUGCCCCGUCCAGUAUUGCUGAGGACACACUAUUACUGAUGGCAGACAUCUUCCCCACUGGAUACCAUGCCGCCUCGCGCUUUCUCAAGAACGUCCCGGAAAAAGAUCUGGACGAAUUGACUGUCGCGGUGGUUGGUUGUGGUCCUGUAGGUAUGUGUGCUUUGGCUUCUGCCAUUCAUCUAACACAAGGGCGGGCCAAAGUGUUUGCCAUCGACCGCAUAUCAGCGCGAUUAGACGAGGCGAUGAAAAUCGGCGCUAUUCCACUCAAUCUCGAUGACAACCCCGAAGAGACUAUCAAAAAAGCGAGCAAAGGACGCGGUGCUGACGUAGUGAUUGAAGUUGUUGGCCACAACGAUGCUUUGCAACUCUGUAUUGACACCUGUCGCCCUGGAGGAAAGAUCUCGAGUAUUGGUGUUUUUGGCUCCGAAAUGAAUCUGCACAUUGGGAAUGUGUUUGAUAAGGGAUUGACAAUGUCAUUUGGGUGUUGUCCGGUUCGAUCUCUGUUUGAAGAGGCGCUUGAGGUACUCGUGAAAACCCAAGAUAGCGUAAAGAGUCUCUGUGGCGUCCUAAUGCCACUGGAAAAUGCAGUUGAAGCAUAUGAGCUUUUCAAUCAACGAAAGGUUCAUAAAAUCAUCUUCACACUUCAAUAA